GAUCACUCUCUUGCCAAAAACCACCGAAUACAGUACGAAUAUCCACCAUUAACACCGUUAUUCCGUUAAUCAUUUUUAAUAUCUAAAAUUUUUCGGUUAACUAUUUUUCGGUGUUUAAAUUUUUGGCGGGUUUUGUGAAGUGUCGCUUUAACCAUGCAAUGGAAAGAUCAGAAGUUGUAGAAUUCAUACUACGGUUUUUGCUUGUUUGAAAAGUGAAUUUGCUACGGAAAAACUAUUAAAUUAAAAAGUGUUUUUUGGAAUUAUUUUUAAAAAAUCGGACGUAGAAUUUAGAACAACAUGGCAACUGUGAUAAAUUCAACUCAAAGUAUAGUGUCACGGGCCUACGACUAUUAUGUAUGGACUCUAUCUUUAUCAGAUUCCAGAACAAAAGGAUGGCUUCUAGUAGAUUCCCCAGUUCCAACGCUAUUAUUCAUUUGUUUAUAUUUCUUCAUAGUAUGGAUAGGACCAAAAAUGAUGGAAAAACGAAGACCUUUUAAGCUAACUUGGCUACUAGUACCUUAUAAUUUAUAUAUGGCAGGACUUAACUUUUAUAUAGCUUCUAGGCUACUGACUGCUUCAUUCCGUUUAAGAUAUAAUUACUUCUGUGAACCUUGCAGGGAGAAAUACACAGCUGAUGAAAUGCAGAUUGCAGAUGCAGUUUGGUGGUACUAUUUUUCUAAACUUCUAGAAUUCUGUGAUACUAUUUUCUUUAUAUUAAGAAAGAAGACCACUCAACUGUCAUUCUUACACGUUUACCAUCAUUCGACUAUGUUCGCCUUUUGGUGGAUUGGAAUCAAAUGGGUGCCCAGUGGCUCUACCUUCUUACCUGCCAUGGUCAAUUCUGGAAUACAUGUUUUGAUGUAUUCUUACUACGGACUAUCAGUAUUUGGUCCUAAAGUUGCUCAAUAUUUAUGGUGGAAGAAAUACUUAACGAUACUACAACUGAUUCAAUUUACUUGUGCCUUGAUCCUGGGUGCAAACGGAAUAAGAAUGGGUUGUGAAUUUCCCCUAUGGAUGCACUACACACUCAUUGGGUAUAUGAUAUCAUUUAUAGUACUCUUCGGAAAUUUCUACGUUAAGGCUUAUUUGGAACGGGGCAAUCAAGUAUUCUAUGGAAUGGACUUUGGAUGUGGCCAAGGAAACAGCAAUUAUUCCAAACAAUAUACGGUACAAUCUCACAAUGGGGUUCAAAACGAAGUAGAAAAGAAGCACAAUUAAAACUUUUGAUUCUAAAUAUAUUAGAAUUUUAAAAAGAGUAAAUAAAUCCAGAUCUUCCUCGUAACAGACCAUUUCCCAUGAUAUGUCGUUUUUGUAUAUAAAUAAGAAAUGUGCGAUAUAGUUCUAGUAUGAUAAGAACGAAACAGAUUUAUGGAGUAUAUUUUACAAAGAAUAUUUAUGUACAUACAUUACAGUAAACGAUACUCUCUUAAUUAAUCAACAGCAUUCUAAUUUAUUAUGUUGCUCCAAUUUAUUAAUGUCGCUGGGCUAUAAGUAACUGCCAACUUUUCCCUUAUAUAGAACUAGUCAAUAACCCAUCCUUUAAAUUUCCUGUAACACUAUAUGUACAUGUAUCGUAUCUAUUAGUGAUUUAAGAAUUAUUUCAUUUAAUGUAAUUAUUAACAUUUUUCUCUUUUUAUAGUAGCUUAACAGUAUAGUAAUAAAAUGAUUCAAUAUCAAAUUAAAAAUCAAAAUCAUGGGGACGACUUGUUACAAAUAAUGGGAAAUGGUCUUUAAGUUUUUCUAGGAAUGAAUAUCAAAACUUUGUGUUGUGGAAACUGGUCGUACGCUUUUUUAUUAAAAAGCUUCGCCACGAGUUUCUUCAACUAGUGAUCAUCAAAGAAUAGGGUACAUUGGUGUGACGUCAAGCUGCCAUUUUUUUGAGGUCAGCUCCAUUUUGAUUCCAUAUAAACAAAAUAUAAAUCAAAUAAUGUGUUUUUAAUGGAGGAUGAUUAAAUUUUUAUUUUAUAUUUGAUUAGUUAUUUUAAAAUACCGUUUUUCAAUUUGAAUGGAUACAUUUCUAGAAGUAAAAUGGUAGUUUGGCGUUAUUAUUAAUAUGGCAUAUACCAACUUAGCAUACUAGUUAUUUAAUCGAUACAUAAAAAGUGACCUUGUUAAGGGUAGCUAUUUUAUUAGUGUUUCUGAAGCUCGUAGGUCAAAAAUAUUACGUUUACUGACGAUAUCAAAUUUGUAUAAAGCUUUUAAAACAAUAAACAAUGUAUUUACUUUCGAUGGGUAUCUGAUCUACAUUUAAGCAGACUUUAAAUAAUAAUAAGUAAAAUAUGAUGUUGUUCAGCAUCCUCAAAUAAAUGUUUUCACUUCGAGAAUUCUUACGUCUUCACUUCGAGAUUUAGUCUAUCCUUAAUCUUACGAUAUCCAAUUUACUUAAGCGAUAAAUGACAUUUGAACACAAGAAUAUACACAAACAAACAUGGGUUUCCAACGACGGCGUCACAAGAAAUCAGAUUGAUCAUGUUCUAGUAGAUGCCAGGAGGGGUAGUAACUGUCUAGACGUAAGAAGCCUAAGAGGAGCUGAUGGAGACACGGAUCAUUUUCUUGUAAAAGCGAAGAUAAGGACAAGAAUAGCGUCCAAAAAAACACACAAGAAUACACCAACACAAUUAUGGAAUACCGAAGUCCUACGUAAUAAGGAGACAGAACAGAAAUUUCAAAAGGCUAUAAAAAUCGCUCUAGCACAGACAGAAAACUAUAACAACAUAGACUCAGCUUGGAAAAAUAUCAAAGUAGCUCUGACAAGCGUAUCAGAUGAAAUACUAGGACACAAAAAGAAAACAACAAAAAAAUGGUUCGAUGAUGAUUGCCUGAACUCCAUAUUAGCAAGAAAUAUGGCUAGAAGGAACAUGCUACAAAGCCCCUCACACAACAACAAUGAAAUGUAUAGACAAAGAAGAACAGAGACAAGAAAACUAAUGAAAAGGAAGAAGAGAGAGUAUCAGGAACAAAUAAUCAGAG